UAAGUGCAGAGUACGCGGAAGCUGCGGGCGGAAGGAGCUUCGACGGAAGCGGUCUGGUCUGUCAAGGGAAGAAAAUUUAGCAUUAUUUGACACAAAGAGGUUAAUCCUUCCAAAUAGCACCACUCUUUUCCCCCUCUUCCUCGACACCGGUGUCCGUUGCGAUGAUCCUGUUAGAAAUUAAUAACCGCAUCAUAGAAGAGACGCUGGCGCUCAAGUUCGACGGCGCAUCCAACGGAACCAAACCGGAAGCCGUCGAUGUGACCUUCGCAGAUUUUGAUGGCGUCUUGUACCACAUCUCCAACCCCAAUGGGGACAAGACCAAAGUGAUGGUUAGCAUCUCCCUGAAGUUCUACAAGGAGCUGCAGGAACAUGGAGCUGACGAGUUGCUCAAGAGGGUCUAUGGGAAUUUCCUGGUUUCACCAGAGUCUGGCUACAACGUGUCCCUCCUCUAUGACCUGGACGUUCUACCAGGCAAUAAAGAGGAGGUUGUCCACCAGGCAGGAAUGCUCAAGAGGAACUGCUUCGCCUCGGUGUUUGAGAAGUACUUCAAGUUCCAGGAGGAGGGCAAAGAGGGCGAGCAGAGAGCAGUUGUCCACUACAGAGAUGAUGAGUCAAUGUACGUAGAGGCCAAGAAAGACCGGGUGACCGUGGUGUUCAGCACAGUGUUCAAGGAUGAUGAUGAUGUCAUCAUCGGCAAAGUCUUCAUGCAGGAGUUCAAAGAGGGACGGAGGGCCAGCCACACAGCCCCCCAGGUGCUCUUCAGCCACAGGGAGCCUCCUCUGGAGCUGAAGGACACAGACGCCGCUGUCGGGGACAACAUUGGAUACAUCACCUUUGUGCUGUUCCCUCGUCACACCAAUGCCAAUGCCAGAGACAACACCAUCAACCUCAUCCACACCUUCAGGGACUAUCUGCACUACCACAUAAAGUGCUCAAAGGCGUACAUUCACACACGUAUGAGAGCCAAGACGUCGGACUUCCUAAAGGUGCUGAACCGCGCGCGACCCGACGCCGAGAAGAAAGAGAUGAAGACCAUUUCGGGAAAGACCUUCUCCCGCUGAGGCCGACAUCCAUUUCCAAACCCCCGGUGGACACGCCCAAAUGCGCCACAAUGAGACUCAACGCCACAUCGGACAGGACUCCAGGACGCCUUUAAAUGCCCCUCCCAGCCUCCCAAAAAUGUGUCCAGCCUUUUCUUCAUUUUUUUUUUUUUCCUCUUUCUUAUUUUGGGUUGAGUGAUAAUGUCGGCUCUACAUAGGGAAAGCCAAGGCUCAAGAUAAAUGGAAAAAAGGGCAUUCCUUGCUUUGCAUAGUUGAAGAGAAUUAUUAGUCCUAUAUAAAUAUAUAUAUGAACAAAAUGAAUGAAAUUUUUGAUACGAUAUUUUUCUUCAUUUGGUACUCUUGCUUGCCCCCCCAGCCCUCACCAGGCAAUAUCCAUGCAGUGGAUUAUUUCAGCCCCCCCCCCCCCCGUGCUUUCAUGUCAUCUGUACCAUCGUCAUUUGAAAAAUAAAUCACUCUUUAAAAAGAA